UUACAAAGAAUGUUAAAAUGACCUGCAGUGACCGUUCCCUAAAGGCCCAACAAUCCCGCUAACUUUUAUGGUAUGUCCUGUGAACAUCUCCGUUGCGUCCUCCAGAAGUCCCGCGAACAUGCUCGCGACAUCUUCAGGACAUCUAAGAAACCCUACACAUGCAGGGGACGUUCGCAGAUGCCAUUCAGGGGACAUUGGGGGGUCCUUUUUUGUAAGCUGGGGCAUUCUGUAAUGAGUCCGCUGAAGACAAGCGUUUAAGAACCAAGUGCAACUUUUAUUCAAAGUGAUAAUCCAAAUACCCAAACAGACAAAUACUUGACAUGACUUUAAAUACACACAACAACAGCAGAUUACAACAUUAAUACAGAACAAGAGACUAGAUCAACAAUGUGGAUUCUAAACCAUGAGGGUCACAGGACGUGAACAAAACAAUGAGAACAUGCCACAAUGUCUAGGACAACCAAUCAACGUGGCACAAUGAACAAGAGAACCAAUGAGAACACGGCAAGAACAAGAGGGCAAGGGAGGCAUGACAUAAACAGGCAUGAUAACAGAUCAGAUUUACAAGAUAAAGGGCAUGAAAACAUGAACCAAUAAUGAUAAAAUUGAAAUAAUAAUUUUCAUUCUUCUAAAUUCUAGUUGUUUGGUUCAUAAGCUUUGGUAUAAUUUUCCUUCAAUAUUACCCUAGGUAAGAAAUUUGUGUCAUCCUUGAUUUUGAGUUUUAUAGAUAUGACAAGAGUAGACUUUAAAUUAACUGGUGUGAUUUUCUGAUAAAGCAGAUCUUUCUAAAGUUACAGGAGGAUAGCGCUUCGAAUAGUGGUUUUGCGGUUUUGUGGUUUUUUAAUGUGUAACAAGUGAACCUUUUAUUUUAUGAGAAUGAAAGAAAGUUUCAAUGAUUAGAUUAUCUUUCUUCUCAUCUCUUCCUGGUAGAAGUGAAAGAAAUUUUACAGCUGCUGUUCAACAACAUUUCAGACGACGUAAAAGAUAGAUGUUCACAGACUGAAGGGAGUCAAUGACAGAAGAGGAUGUCGGAGAAGGAUCUGGAUACACUAGAUGAGAAUCAAAACAGAAACACAUUUUACAGCUGCUGUUGCCUUUUCCGAGGUCUGAAGUUCAGAACAUCUGAUGAGCAUGAAUGCUUUGAGGCAGCAGAAAAACAAGUCCAGAUGAGAAAUGUCCAGACUACAGUUGGUGUAAAUGCUAAAACAGGUGCGAGUGUAAAUGCUCCUUUAUUGACUGCGAACACCUUCACAGGACCAGUAACAAUUUAUGGCUCAAUUGCUGAAGGAAACGAUGAACAGAAAUCUCCAGCAAUGGUAAAGGAACACAGAGAAAAAAAAGAACAGCAGAACUCUUUCAAAACUCACAAAACAAACAUGCUGAAGAAAGUGCAAUAUAUUUUUGAGGGUGACCAAGAAAAUGAAGCACACGUUAAGGCUGUUUACACAGAACUGUUCAUCACAGAGGGAGAUAUGAAAGAUGUUAAUCACAAACAUGAGAUUCUGAAGAUUGAUGAUGCUUUCAAGAACAAAAAAACACAGAAUAAACCAAUCAAAUGUAAUGAUAUAUUUACUAAACUGAAGAAAAACAAUGAGAAAAAGAUUGUUCUGACUAAAGGAGUCGCUGGCAUUGGAAAAACUGUCUCUGUGCACAAGUUCAUCCUGGACUGGGCAGAAGGAAAAGCCAAUCAAGAUAUACACUGUGUGUUCUUGCUUCCAUUCAGAGAGAUUAACUUAAUGACAAAUGAAGAUUUCAGUCUCCAUGAGCUUCUUCUGGAAUUUUAUCCUGAAGUCAAGGAUAUGGAGAAAUCAAAGCUAUAUACGAAAUAUAAGCUAGCAUUUAUAUUUGAUGGACUUGAUGAGAGUCGUCUGCCUCUAAAUUUUAAUAGUAGGUCUCUGAACACAGUUGAGAAAAAAGCAUCUGUAGAUGUGCUCUUUACAAGUCUGGUCAAAGGAACUCUGCUUCCAUCAGCUCUUGUCUGGGUCACAUCACGACCAGGAGCAGCCAAUCAGAUCCAUCCUCAGUAUGUGGGUUUGUUCACAGAGGUGCGUGGUUUCGGUGAUCAACAGAAGGAGGAGUACUUCAGAAAAAGAAUCAAAGAUAAGAGUCUGUCCUCCAGAAUCAUCUCACACAUUAAGACUUCUCGUAGUCUCUACAUCAUGUGCCACAUUCCUGUGUUCUGCUGGAUCACAGCCACAGUACUUCAGGAUAUUCUCACUGAGAACAAUGAAGAGAACAUCAGCACAACACUAACUGAAAUGUACAUUCACUUCCUGCUGAUACAGAGCCAGAAAUACGAUAAAAAACAAGAAAGAGAAUGUUCAGAGCACUUACAAUUAAAUAAAGAGAUGAUUUUGAAGUUAGCCAAAUUAGCGUUUGAACAACUGAAAAAGGAAAACAUUGUGUUCUAUAAGGAAGAUCUGAAAGCAUGUGAUAUUGAUGCAAAUAAAGACAUGGAGCCCACAGGAAUGAUUGCUGAGAUCUUCAGAAGGGAACAUGGAAUUCAUGGAGCAAAGGUCUUCUGCUUUGUGCAUCUGAGUGUUCAAGAGUUUCUUGCUGCAGUGCAUGUGUUCAUCUGCUACCUGAACAAGAACAUGAAGGAGCUUCAGUUUUUCUUUGAUGGGCCAGAAGAAAAUUUGACAUUAAAGAAAUUACUGCAGAAAGCCAUUAACAAAGCCAUAGAGAGUCGGAGAGGACAUCUGGACCUGUUCCUGCGGUUUCUGAUGGGAAUUUCACUGGAAUUCAAUCAACACCUGCUCAAAGGCCUGAUCACACACCCUGAAGACACUACAGAGAGCAUUCAAAAAAUAACUAAGUACAUUAAAAAAAAACAAAAUAAGUACAUCUCAGAUGACAUUCUAGUAAAUCUAUUCUACUGCUUACUUGAACUCAAGGAUCAUUCAUUAUAUGAGGAAAUCCAAAAUUACCUCAGUUCAGGGAAACAUCCAGGAAGAGAUCUCUCAUCUUCAAUGUGCACAGUGCUGACCUACAUACUGCUGAUAUCAGAGAAGGUGCUGGAUGAGUUCAAUCCAAAAAGGUUCACAUCAAAAAAAGACUACAGGACACUGAUUCCAGCUGUGAGAUGCUGCAGAAAAGCUUUAUUUGAUGGCUGUGGAUUUGAUGAAACAUGCUGUGACACUGUGUCUUCUGCUCUACAAUCAUCAAACUCUCAUCUGAUAGAGCUAGACCUGAGCUGCAAUCACCUGCAGGAUUCCGGAGUGAAGCUGCUUUCUGAUGGUCUGAAGAGUUCACACUGUCGACUGAACAUACUGAGGUUGUGUGGCUGUAAUCUCACUGCUCAGUCUUGUGAGAGUUUAUCUUCAGCUUUACAAUCCUCAAACUCUGUCCUGAGAGAACUGGACCUGAGUAACAAUGAUCUGCAGGAUUCAGGAGUGAAGCUGCUCUCUGAAGGACUGAAGAGUCCAAACUCUAAGCUGGAGAUAUUGAGAUUUUCCACAUGUAAUCUCACUGCACAGUCUUGUGGGAGUUGGUCUUCAGUUUUACAAUCAUCAAACUCUGUCCUGAAAGAACUGGACCUGAGUAACAAUGACCUGCAGGAUUCAGGAGUGAAGCUUCUUUCUGAAGGACUGAAGAGUCCAAACUCUAGCCUAGAAAUACUGAGGUUGUCUGGCUGUAUGGUGACAGAGGAAGGCUGUCAUUAUGUAUCUUCAGCUCUGACUUCAAACCCUUCAAACCUGAGAGAGCUGGAUCUGAGCUACAAUCAUCCUGGAGAUUCAGGAGUCAGGCUGCUCUCUGAAAAACUGGAGGAUCCAAACUGCUCACUGAACAAACUCAAAGUUGAUCAUGGAGGAGAAUCCAGGAUUACAGCAGGACUGGUGAAAUGGGUCUGUUUACUCACACUGGAUCCAAACACUGCAAACACUCAUCUCCAUCUGUCUGAGGAUAACCGAAAGGUGACAGGUGUGGAAGAGAAACAGUCGUAUCCUGAUCAUCCAGACAGAUUUGAUUAUUAUCAGCAGGUGUUGUGUCAAGAGAGUGUGUGUGGACGCUGUUACUGGGAGACUGAGUGGAGCGGACAUGUGUUUAUAUCGGUGGCAUAUAAGAACAUCAGCAGGAAGGGAGAGAGUAAAGAUUGUGUGUUUGGAAAUAAUGAUCAGUCCUGGAGUUUGUUCUGCUCUCCCAGCAGUUUCUCAUUCAGACACAAUAACAUAGUGACUCAUCUGUCUAUGAAGCCCAUCAGCAUAACAGGAGUGUAUGAUGAUAAUGAUAUCUCUAGAGUAGGAGUGUAUGUGGAUGAGAGCGCAGGAACUCUGUCCUUCUUCAGCGUCUCUGACACAAUGAGUCUCAUCCACACAGUCCAGACCACAUUCACUCAGACACUCUGUCCUGGGUUUGGUGUUUAUUAUAAAUCAUCAGUGAAACUGUGUUGAUGAAUCAGAAGAGACUGAUGAGAUUCUACCCAGAAUGCUUUGAGCUGCAUGAUGAAUCAGUAACAGUGAGAUUUACAUUUAAAUUCAUGCAAUAAGCUUUUAUCAAGUUAGUUUGACAUUUUAUCAGGUCUUGCUUUCCCUGUGAAACAGAGCACAGAUGUUAGUAGUAUCUUCAUGACAUUAAUACUGCAUCUCAAAUUUAUAAUUAUAAAAUACUGUAUAUAAUUAACAGAAUAAAGCGUGUCAGAAAUACUGUAA